CGCACAUUCAGCUUUCUCCGUCCUACCCGACCCCGCACCAGUGUGCAGGCUUCGUGUGCGGCCUUCAGCGGGGCCAUUUUGCGCAGGCCCAUGCGACAGAGUAAGGGGAAGAAAGCGCACACAAGAUGCACUGGCUGCGGCUACCUAUGGACGAUGAAAGGCAAGACGAACUGCUUCCGCUGCCAGAAGAAGCCCCUCGAGCUGACUCUGGCGCCCUGGGCCCGUGAUCUCCAGGGCGCGUGGGCUGGCCGCAAACAAGGGCACGAUGCCACCGACGCCGGCGGCUGGGCCGGGCAGUCGAAAUCGCCCAAGUCGCGGCGCAGGCGUCGCCCUGAUGCGACGGCGGCGCCGGCUCUUCCGCAGCCCCACGGCCGAAGCGGCCUUGGCAGCGCUCAAGACCUCGUCGCCCCCAGCAGCCCGCCAAGCCUGAGAACCCGAUCCAGCACUACCAACGCAUGGCUGCGGCGCAAUGCAAGGCGCAGGCUGCCGUGGACAAGGCGAUGGAGUCCGAGAAGAAGGCCCUGCAGUGGCUCGUCGAGCAGCAGGCCUCCGAGGACGCCGCCGUGCAGCUGGCGAAGGCCCAGGAGAGCACCGAGCGCGCGCCGGCUGCCGUCCUGGGCCCGUGGGACAGCGGCCGAGCGCCCCGCCCGAGCCUGCACCGCCCUCGGCUGCAGCGUUCAACCUCACCAUGCUGCCGGAGCCCACUGACAACUUGCACAUCGAGGCGGGGCCUGCUUUUGGUUUCUCGGGCAAGGAGGCCGAGCACAGUGACAAGGAGGCCACCGAGGCCCUUCAGGCCAGGUUCGCCAUCGAGGUCCACGCCAAGGUCAAGGACAUCUUCGGCGACACGGCAGGCAACCUCCACGCCAUCCGCACGGAGGCCGAGGCCGAGCGCAGCCGCCUCAAGCCGAAGCGCCGCAGGCACAAGCCCCCUCCAACGGAGGGUCACAGUUUGGCACAUUUGCUGGCCAGAACACAUGUUGCACACCGUGCAAGUACCCCGCGCGCAGGAACGGCAAGUGCUCCAAAGGUGCAGGGUGUAAUUUCUGCCACGUUUGCUCUCUCCGUCUACUUGGGGGUAACGCAGAGCAGCUCAAUGCAAAAAAGGGCCUCUGCUCUGGAAACACAAGUCCUGACAGCACGCACGCCAAGCCCAGUGCCCAAGCUGAAUUCCACGAUGCUGUAUCUAAAAACGCUGUGUCGCUUUAAUACAUGGCUUGCGCGCGCGAGAGAGGCAUCAUGUUGCCAAACCUACGAGCAUGUAUUACGAUUCCAAUGCAUUCCUGCACCCUCGCCGGGAUCUCGUUCUCCUACUCUGCGGCCGUGUUUUUGCGGAGUGCUUGCACGAUAACCAAUCCUUACCAGUGUCCGUGCAGAACGCGAGCCCUGGAUAAUUCCGCGCUCGGCAAGAGUACCUCGCCGCUGGCCUUUCUCCAGGGAGGGACG